AUGAAUGAUAUUCCACAACGUACAGCGGCACUAAUUGCCGGAUUUUCCAUUGUAACAAUGGCGAUUGCUGCUGGAUUUGCUUGUGGUUGCGUUCUUAAUAACUUCACUGUACUUGAUGAUAUAAAAUUAACAAUAAACAAUAUGAAAUCUUCUCAAAUGUUAUUUCGUGUUGGUAUCUUCAGUUUUCUUGUUAUUCUUAUUUGUGAUUUAUUAGCAGCUUGGUCACUUCAUGUUUUUCUCAAACAAGUCAAUGAAAACCUUUCGUUAUUAACUGCUUGGUUUCGCCUCGUUUAUUCAGCAAUGUUAGGAAUUGCACUGCUGAAUCUUGUUUUCAUUGUUUUGUUAUUUAAAAACGAAGAUUUUUUAUCGAUUUUUGGAAGAGAUCAAGUGAGCGCGUUGGCCAUACUUUUCCUACACGGAUUUCACCUUGUUUGGUCAAUCGGAUUGGUCAUUUUCGGUUGUCAUCUCUUUCUUCUCGGCUAUUUACUUUCCGAAGCAAAUUAUACACCGAAAAUUCUUAGUGUUUUAUUGAUCAUUGCUGCACUCUGUUACAUUAUCCAUCAUACUGCAAAUCUCUUAUUACUAAACUAUGAAAAAUACAAAACAACUGUUGAAAUGUUUCUUAGUUUACCGAUGAUUGUUGGUGAAUUAGGAUUUGGUUUAUGGCUUUUAUUUCGAGGUGGAAAAAAGCGUGAAGAUAAAAAGCUCGACUGA